AUGGUCUUGUACAUCCAUGCCGCAGCCGUUAUAUACCGCAUUGCCUGCAUUCCUGGCGACGGCAUCGGCCCCGAGGUCCUAGAAGCUGGUGUCCGUGUGCUCAACACGCUAUCCUCUACCCUUGGAACCUUUGAAUUCCACUUUACUACUUUUGACUGGGGCGCCACACGUCUGCUCAACGAGGGCGAAUGUAUGCCCUCGAAUGGACCCGACGAGCUCAAAUACUACGACGCCAUCUACUUUGGCGCUGUAGGCGGGGACGGCGUCCCGGAUGAGAUUAUACUGGCUUCUUUGAUCCAGCCCAUACGCAAGUCGCUAGAUCAUCAUGUCAACGUGCGGCCUAAGCGGAUUCUCCCGGGCAUCACCUCUCCACUGGUAGGUUGCACACCUAUCGACCUUGACUGGAUCAUCAUCCGUGAGAAUAGCGAAGGCGACUACUCAACCCAGGGCGGUGUAAUUCAUGAAAAUGGCCCACACGCAGUAGCUACCGAAGUGAGCAUCUUCACCAGAGCCGGCACCGAGCGGGUCAUGAGAUAUGCAUUUGAGAUAGCCAGAUCGCGACCACGGAAGAGAUUGACCAUGGUGGCCAAGAUGAAUGUCCACAAUCAUGGCAUGGCGCUCUGGGACAAAGUUUUUGACGAGGUUGCAAAAGAGUAUGAGGACGUGCGGGCUGACACCAUGCUCGUCGAACAUAUGCCGACCCACAUGACUCUGCAUCCCUCGUCCUUCGACACAAUCGUUGCUACCACUCUGCAUGCAGAUAUCCUGUCGAAUCUUGCAGACGCACUCAGCGGAUCAAAUGGCAUAACUACUUCGUGUAGUCUUGACCCUUCGCGUAAGAACCCAAGCUUAUUCGCGCCGAAUCACGGUUAUGAACCUGGCAAUGCUAGAAGCGGCGUCGCCAACCCCAUUGGAGCGUUUUGGAGUGCUGCUGAGAUGGUGCGAUGGGUUGGUGAGGACAAGGCAGCCAAUAUACUGAUCAAGGCCAUCGAAAACGUCACUGGACGUGGUAUAAAGACCAGAAACCUUUGUGGGAAUGACACUACCGAAAGCGUGACUGAUGCUGUAUGCGACGAAGUCGAGAGGCUCCUGAAAGCAUGA